CAUGUAACUAUUCACCAAAAGAAUUCCUCAAAAUUUGAUCAAGAAAUUUUCAAUCGCUGCCCCUGUCAACAAUGCUCGGUUAGCUCUCACAGCGGCUGUACCUGAAUUCACAGCCACAAAUUUCAUCCCGUCACUUCCCACCGUCUCUUCUCAUCCAAAGCCAUCGUCACCUCUCGUCAGCAAGUCUCCUCAUUCAUCACCAACUGCGCUUCGUAUCACAUCCAAGUAUGGCUGCGGCGUCGAGGCUUGUAGUUGACAGCAUUAAUGGUGUGAUGACAUGGCCAGGUCGCAUGCAGGGGGACCUGUUGGAACCGCCCGGCGGUUCCAGACGAAAAUCUAUGGCGUCUCACGCGCGAGGAACCCAUUGACGCGACCACCGUCCUAUCCAAUGUGCUUCCGCGCAUCUCCUUUCUAUACCGCAAAGAAUGCCCGGGUGAUAUCUCGAUCGAAUGGCACAGCCUGGAGUGAAACGUCCCGUUGGACUGGCACCGCAUAAAUCACGGUGCAGGGAAAUGCGGGGACGACUGACUGUGAUCCGCUUGCACUUGCUGUCCACGUCUCUCAUAUAUGUCGCCCCCAUACCCAUUUUUAGUUUUCUUCGUCUUAUUUUUGCUCUUUGAGCUAUUCAUAUGUUGCGGCUUUGAGUUUCGAGGGACGUUCUAUGUUUGAGAGUGCCCUCAGAUGUGAUCAUUACAGCCUGUUCAGCCUCCUUACUCGCUCGCUUGUGCACCGAAAAAUAUAUGGCCGUGGUUUCUGGCUGAGAGGGACCAACAGACGUCUGGAGAAGUCAUCCCCAAUGAACCCGCCAUCAGUCGAAACCAUACCAGCAAUGCCCCAUGUUGUAUCACAAUGGCAAUCCGACCAGUCCCCAGCACGAGAUAUGGAAUACCGGCAAUCAACGAAGCUGGAAAAAGCUACAUCGACGGAAUUCCUUCGGCCAGUCCAAAUAUCUAUUCGCCGGUCCAAGAGAGCCGGAGGAGUUCGACCAGCUCCAAGCCUGAAAUUUCUCUCCCCUCGAGAAGAUGAGCGUUGGGAAUAUAGUUCUGGUCGAGGAGACUGGGAGCAGACAGCAUGGGAGCAAUCGGGUGCAGGUCGGACGCCAUCAUCAUCAGUAGAGUCGGUGUUUGAGAUGUACACUUCUGGCCCUUACGACUCGCCCAAUUCAUCAACCAACUCCUCUUUCAUUGCAGAGUUGGAGGAUACUGCUCUGGUUACGAGACCAUCCAGGAGAUCAGCACCACCAAGUUCCAACAAGAUAGUAUAUAUAUCGCCUUCGAGCAUGGAAUUUCAAACGACCGAACUGAGUGCCCGAGCUGUCAUCAAAGUUGUCGAUGAAACAAUUGCUGCAAUAGAAGACAGCAACCGAAAACUGCUUUCGCGAGCUGUAGCGGCUGAAGAAGCAGCUAAAGCCCUAUUAGAGCAGAAUUCGCAACUCCAGCUCAAAAUUGAGCGUUGUACCAGAAAAAGCCGUCCAAAAACAGCUCCAUCAUCACCAGUGUCAAGAACUAGGCAGAAGCGAAACCAAGAUCCUCAAAGUGCGACACCCCUCUCAGUCUUCAAUGCCACAAUCGACGAGCAGCUUGUGACUCCUAGGCCAGUAAAGAACCGUUCUCAAAGCGCUCCGGAAAGGCCACCUCCUCCGUACCCAGAUAUGCAAACCUCAUUGUGGACCCAAGCGCCACUUUCUGCACCUGCACAGACAGAAUUGAUGCCUAGUCCUUUCAACAACAGUUCCAACCACCAUAGCUUCCCAAUUCAAAGGCAGGAGCAACAGCCAUCCACAUACUACCGUCGUCCGCCAUCUUUACCCACAACCCCACGCCCUCCUCAAUUCCAGUCCCAGUCUCAAAUUCAACCUCCAUCAAACCUCCUCUCUCCAUUCCGCUCUCCAGGUUCCCAGGCUCCACCUCGUCCACCACCCCUCCUAAUUCAUCGAGAAAUUCCGCGUUACGAAACGCGCCACAAACUUACACCAGCGGCAUCGACUCCACACCUCCGUAGUAUCAGGCUGGACACCCAGUUUAAGAAUAAACCGCUACCACCUCUUGGGCCUAUGAGUCCAAGUGUACUGAGUGGAUUGGUUGAGAUUGGCACCACGAAUCGUGUCGAUGAUGGGCGAGGUGAGGUCAAGAGUGAUGGCGUUGGGAGGCGGAGGAGAGGGUUGAGUGAUUUGUUCAAGAAGGCGAAGGAAAGUCCAAUUUGGAAAUGAGGGAACAUAUAUAGCAGUGGUCUUUCAGGUUAAAAGUGAUCGAGAUGCGCUACCUUGGUCUGGAUAACAAAUCUUGGAGUUGUGGUAGGCGUCUGCGAGGAGGGUAUGAAAUUGCUGGUGUUGAUGGUGCAUGCAUUGGCUUUGUUUACUUCAUGCCUGACGAGCAAUGUUUAGAAACGAAGAAUGUCGAAUAAUGAAUAUGUUUACGUUAUGAAUGACCACAAGACUUCUUCCCCAAUGGACCACAUCUAACCCGUGUGAAUGUCGCUUUCUUGCUUUACCACAUCUCGCGACCGUGGUGGAGACUAAGCAAUAUUUAUUUUCCAAUUUCAUCCAUAUCCGCGCUCGCGACUUUCAC